AUUGUGAAUUGUGAUAUGAUGAUAUGGUCAGCAACACUGGAGCAUGAGAGAGAUUCCUGAACCUGGUUGGGUUGUCUUGGUUCUUCUUCCUCGAUCGAUCAUCGCUUCCGUUUUCAAUCUCUGUCUGCGGAAAAACUUGAGGAUGAAACUUCUCUCAGUCUCCACUUCUUUCACGUAUGCCGCUCGGAUUUCUCUGCCUUCUGUUGCUUCCUUCGCUCGCCUCCGAAAUCUAGGUUUUCCUUAAUUUGCUGUUGUCGAAUCAUUGAUUCAAUUGGUUUUUGCUCCGAAAUCUGUCAUUUCCGAGCCCGAUACAAGUAAUCCGCUUCUACGCUCUCUGAGGACCGCCGUAUCAGUUCUACUUUGGAGAUAUCUCUGUAAAUGGCGGAUCUCAAAGAGCGGUUGCUUCCUCCGAAACCUGCAUCUGCUAUAAAUCUUAGGGAGGGAAUUAAUAAUCGACCAUCAGCCUCUGGAAGGCUGCCUUUUCAAGGUGUGGAUGUUUUAGGGCUGAAGAAGCGAGGCCAGGGACUUAGAUCUUGGAUCCGGGUAGAUUCCUCUGGGAAUUCCCAGAUCAUUGAGGUCGAUAAGUUCACCAUGAUGCGUCGUUGUGAUCUACCUGCUCGUGAUUUGCGCUUGCUCGAUCCUUUGUUUGUUUACCCUUCAACAAUUCUUGGUAGAGAGAAGGCUAUUGUGGUCAAUCUAGAGCAGAUUCGAUGUAUUAUAACAGCUGAAGAAGUCUUGCUGCUAAAUUCUCUUGAUAGUUAUGUAUUUCAGUAUGUGGUAGAGCUACAAAGGCGAUUGAAAACCACUGGGGUUGAUGAAGUUUGGCAGAAUGAUGCAAAUCAUGGAACUGACUUAAAUCGAAGAAGGGGAAGUAGGAAUUUUGAUAAUGUAUUUGGAAGCACCUCUCCUGAUUAUUUGCCCUUUGAGUUUAGGGCUUUAGAAGUUGCUUUGGAGGCAGCUUGUACAUUUCUUGAUUCUCAGGCUGCAGAAUUAGAAAUCGAGGCAUAUCCAUUGCUAGAUGAACUUACAUCAAAAAUCAGUACAUUAAAUUUGGAGCGUGUCCGUCGCUUGAAGAGCAGACUUGUUGCCCUAACUCGUAGGGUUCAGAAGGUCAGGGAUGAAAUAGAGCAGCUCAUGGAUGAUGAUGGAGAUAUGGCAGAAAUGUAUCUCACUGAGAAGAAAAUGAGAAUGGAGUCCUUUGUUUAUGGUGAUCAGUCCGUGUCGGGAUACAGAUCAAUUGAUGGAGCAUCUAUUUCUGCUCCCGUUUCUCCUGUAUCUUCACCGCCUGAAACUCGGAAGCUUGAGAAGAGCCUGAGCAUUGCAAGGAGCCGGCAUGAGAGCAUGAGAAGUUCAGAAAGUGCCACUGAAAAUAUAGAGGAGCUUGAGAUGCUGCUUGAAGCUUAUUUUGUUGUCAUUGAUAGCACCCUGAACAAGUUGACAUCGUUGAAGGAGUACAUCGAUGACACAGAAGAUUUCAUCAACAUCCAGUUGGAUAAUGUACGAAAUCAGUUGAUUCAGUUCGAGUUACUACUCACUACCGCAACAUUUGUCGUUGCCAUUUUUGGGGUGGUAGCAGGAAUCUUUGGCAUGAAUUUUGAAAUACCAAUGUUUGGGUAUCCUGAAGCAUUCAAGUGGGUCCUUGUUAUUACUGGAGUAAGUGGAAUCAUCAUAUUUUCUGCAUUUGUUUGGUUUUUUAGAUACAAAAGACUGAUGCCACUUUAAAUAUUAAGGCAUACAAGAAAAUUGGUCGUACUGUAUGGGUAGUUGGAGGUAACAAAAUGGGAUGCCAUUCAUAGUAUUAUUAUUAUUUUUCCCUUCUCUUGAUUAAUGUUAACAUGAGAUGUAGGAAAAACUUGGCUCAUCUCUUCCAAUUCUUCCAACUUAAUUCAAAGGCUGUUAUCUCUCUUUCCUGUA